GUCUUUCCACUCGCAUCACAACAGGUGCUGCGCGGGCGAGGCUCUGUCUGUGACGUCGCGUCCCCCGAUUGGGCGCCGGGGACCCGGGGGGCGUGGCUCACCUGCAGGGUUCGGCAGCCACUGCCCUUCUCCGCCCAGUUGCCAUCCUGGAAGCAGCGCUGUCGGGAGAUCAGAGGAUGCGGGCGGCGAGGGAAAGCGGGGGAGUCCUGUCGUGGGCCUUGGUGGCCCUGUUGAUUCUGUUGGCCGGGGCGGAGUCCGUGCCAGAGAAUUGCCACUUGCCUAAAGUUGUGGGCCGAUGCCGGGCUUCCUUCCCAAGGUGGUGGUACAAUGCCACCAGCCAGACGUGCCAGAGAUUCAUCUUUGGAGGUUGUAGAGGCAAUUCCAACAACUUUCUGUCUGAAGAAGAGUGCAAGAAGGGUUGUGCCACAGAUGGAGAUAUCGAGGCACCUGUCACCCAUGACGGACCAGCAGAAGAGAUCAUGACGUCCACCACUAAAGCUAUAUCCAGAUCUGGUCGCCGUCACGAACCGGGAGACGACAGAGUUGGCUUUGAAGAGUUUUGUGCUGCACCCAAGGAGGUUGGUCACUGCCGUGCUUCCUUCCCACGAUGGUACUUUGACACUGAGACACGGACAUGCAAGAUGUUCAUCUAUGGUGGCUGCGGAGGCAACAAGAACAACUACAUUUUUGAGGAGCAUUGCCUGAACCAGUGCUCUGGGAAUGGAGAUAUCAUUAAUGAACCCCUGGGUCCAGACUCAUCGUCCCACUACUUCCCAGGUCCCUUGAUUCACUCCACCAGAGCAGUGGUUCUCGCAAUUCUUCUGGCUGUCAUGGCCGCCAUUCUUCUGGGCUCCAUGGUGUUCUUCUUCAUCAAGCUCUGCCGGAGGAACCAGGACGGCACGCUGGAGAGGGUAUGGAGCACCAUGGAUGACAAGGAGUCCUUGAUGAACAACGCCUACACACUCUGAGCUCACACUCCUUGAGGACGCAGCUGGGGCUCCGGCUGCCUGUAAAUAAUACACAAGUGGGGGGAGGGACCCUCCUCACCACCUUGACUCAUUCCUCUGUAGAUCCAUCUUUGUAGGAACACACUUAGAUCAUAAAUCUAUCCUAGGAGGGGCUCCUUCUUUCAUAGCAAUGACGACACUGCUCUUGUCUAUCUAAGGGCUUGUUUGGUUUUCAGUAGAGUUUAUGGUACAUCCAUCCCCAGAAGGAUGCAGAGGUGGGGGGGGGGGCAGUCUUGUCUUCAGAGAUUAUUCACUUUAAUCCCCUGUGGUUGUUUGGCUCCUUGUGGGAGGAAAGGACACACAAUGGCUACAGCUGUAAAGCAGGUGGGAUUUAAUAGAUGGCUGUGCCACUUUUCAACCCUUUUGUGAUUUUGCUGCAGCCAGUCUUUGUAGCACACUCUUAUUGAGACUGUAUUUUCCCCACCCUGAUAAGCAGAAAGAGUCUCCAGUUUUCCUCAACACUCCUUCCUUCCCUGUCUCCUUGGCUAGUAUUUUGGUUGAACCUCUUGUGAACUUCCAGCUUCUCAGUCCACAGGACAGGGAUUUGGAUGCACAGGGAAAUACAAAUAGUACUUGGUGGAUGUUUCUCCUUGUUUGCAACCAUCUCUUCUGUCUUCCUCCACCCCUUGGCUUAUACCUCUUGGGUGUUUUUUUGGGAUCUGAAGCAGGCCUUCUCCUCAGGCUGAGUCUUGCUUGGAAAAUCAAAUGCAUUUCAGUUUUGGAGCUCUUCUGCUGCUCUCUGAUGACUAUUUCAGUUGUUGGGGCAGCGGGGAGCUUUUUACUUCUGCCUUUAAGUCAAAUCUCCAUUGGCACAGUAGGCCUCUCCUGUCAUGCCUCCGUCUCUGUCUGCACCGUUGUGCCUGCCUUGAGCGAUACCCCUUUGCCUUCAAGGGAGAGAGAAGUUUUGAUCUCCACCAAACAUCCCUUCCUUGGGGCAGGGCCAGCAGAGGAGUUUCUGUGUGAGCAAGAUAGAACUUGUGUAGCAUUUAGUGGGUUUUUAUACUUUUUAACAAAAAUUGAAACUUGAUUACGUUCAGUCUCUUUGGGAAUUGUUCUCUUAAUAAUUGUAAUUUUUUUUUUAAAAAAAGAAAAGAUUGGAAGGACUGUCAAUAAAACAGAAUAAAAAUGAAA